UUAUAAACAUCUCCCCAACAUCACUGUCACCUUCAUCACUGUUUACUUCCUCAAAAUACAGAUCUAGAAAAAACGGAAUAAAAAUACUACAAAAAUAAAAACCACCCAGACAAACGCCAUUUUUUUUUUUUACGCAUCAAUGGCCAUCCAAUCCGAUAUUCAAUCGCUAUAAUUCUCUCACUAAACCCUGUAAAUUCCCCACCCAAUUUAAUGGAGUCUGAGCUCAAAACCCUUAACCCAAAUCCAACUCAGCCUUCUUCUGAACAACAACAGCAUCGUCAACCUGAACCUCCCGACGACAACUUAACCAAGGAUGACCGCCCGUUACUCAAACCCGAACCUGAACCCGAACCCGUUUCCAACCACCCUGCCCAGAAUCAGAAUACGGAUCAGAGCCUGACCCUUGAUGAGCUGGAGAAGAAGUACGCCGCGUAUGUGCGGCGGGACGUUUACGGCAUAAUGGGUCGGGGCGAAUUGCCGUUUGUGGAGAAGUUGUUGCUCGGGUUGGCGCUGGUGACGCUUGUUCCGGUUCGGGUGGUAUUGGGGAUGACGGUGCUGGUGGUUUAUUAUUUGAUUUGUAGGAUUUGUACUGCGUUCUUGGCGCCUAACCGGGAGGAUGAGCAAGAGGAUUAUGCUCAUAUGGGUGGUUGGCGGAGGGCCGUGAUUGUUCAUUGUGGGAGGUUUUUGUCUCGGGCUAUGCUUUUCGUUUUCGGGUUUUAUUGGAUUUCUGAAUAUCAUCGGGAUAAUGUGGAUGUCGAUCUCAAUGGGAAGUUCAAUACUGACGAGAGUUCACAAGAUGACGCUAGACCUGGAGUGAUUGUUUCGAAUCACGUUUCUUAUUUGGAUAUCUUAUACCACAUGUCAUCAUCCUUUCCCAGCUUCGUCGCCAAGAGGUCGGUGGGGAAACUUCCUUUGGUCGGCAUCAUCAGUAAAUGCCUUGGUUGUGUUUAUGUCCAGCGGGAAUCAAAGUCAUCAGACUUCAAAGGUGUUUCAGGUAUCGUCAAUGACAGAAUUAAGGAAGCUCAUCAAGAUAAGUCUGCCCCAAUGAUGAUGCUUUUUCCAGAAGGUACAACUACCAAUGGUGACUUUCUCCUUCCAUUUAAAACUGGGGCAUUUUUGGCAAAAGCCCCUGUGCUACCUGUCAUUUUGAGGUAUCCAUACCAGAGAUUUAGUCCUGCCUGGGAUUCUAUAUCUGGAGCAAGACAUGUAUUUUUCCUGCUAUGUCAAUUCGUAAAUUACAUGGAGGUGAUAAAGCUCCCGGUUUAUUACCCUUCGCAGCAAGAGAAGGAUGACCCAAAGCUUUAUGCAGAAAAUGUCAGAAGGCUGAUGGCUCACGAGGGUAAUCUAGUACUCUCUGAAAUUGGCUUGGCUGAGAAGCGAGUAUUUCAUGCUGCGCUCAAUGCUACCCUCAAUGGUAAUAAUAGCAUACCUACUGUUUUGCAUCCGAAAGAAGAUUGAUAAUUUCAUCGCCUGGGUCUGAAAAGAUAUAUAGUUCAACUUUGAUUUGUACUUCUUGCUUGUAUCUAGUAUAAGGAUAGUGAUGGGUGAUGAUCUCGGCUUUUGAAAACCGAGUUUUGGGUGUUGUAUGACACCCACUGUAAACCUCUUUACCUAUAAAAGGACAUGACCAUUGAAUAUAUACUUCCUAAUGUUCCCCCUGGACAAUUUUCUUCCCUAACUCUCUAUACAGGCAGAGCUCAAUUGGGCUUCGUGUAUGACAGAAUCGAUUUAGUUCUAGUACCUAUCCAUGGAAAACAUUUUAGUGCAAGUAAGUACUGUGUUUCUAAAUCUGAAGUAUCUCUUUGGUUUCCUCCUGCAGGUGUAUAUGAUCAGUAAUUCAGCUUCGCGGUCUGUAUAUUCAGUUUUAGACUCUGUUACUAGAUAUUAUGUGCAGAUAAUUUAUUGCCUGCAAGAAGAUUUGCUACUGUCACUAUAUAUUUAGAUUUAGGGACCAUUUUCAAAUCUUGCUAAUUUUGAAACAUGCAUUAAAUAGGCAAUUUUGUUCUACAAACCAAGAGCUGGCUUGACUGAUUAUCGAAACACAGUGGCUGCAGGUGCAGCUUAUUGUUGCCUUCAUGUUGGUUUCAUCAUGUAAUCUUUAUAUAGGAGAAAAGGGCACUAGUUUAGUAGUUUAGGUUAUCUUCAAUAACAAUCCCGAUUUCAAUUUUGCCUCAAAAGGGUCCGAAUGGUGAGCGCACUGGGAACAAGAUAUUGAACUUGAUUGUUAACAUUCGGCAUCCUGCAUGUUAUCAGAGUGCUGCCAUUCAGUUUUCUUUCUUUUUUUGUUCCCCCCUUCACCGCUUAGAAAAGUAUGUCAUUCUUUGUAUUGGUGUCCAUAGUCGAAUCAUUUUAAUUUGUGUAAACGAGUAAAGUAUAUGGAAGCGAUUCUUUCUUCAAACUUUGUGGUUCCAUCAACUUACACUUCGACAAUUCAAC